AUGCAACAAAACCCAUCACCGACUUCUGCAACCCUAAAAAAGCCAUGGCCCUACACCGCCAAACUCACCGCCUCUCCACCUGUCAUCGCCACCCUACCAAACCCAUCACCGGCUUUGGCGCCCCCUGCCUCUUCGUCGGCCAACGCCCCCGACCCGACCCGGCGCAAGUCCUGCGACGUUCGAGCUCGGAACACUCAGUCGGAGCUCUUCAACAUCGACGACGACCGCAAAGGCCUGCCCAGAAAGUUUGAGGUCGAACUGAGAGGAGAAGAGCAGAGAGACGAUAGUGGAGAUGAAGCUAGGGUUUUGGAUUCGGAUGCGGAGUUCAAGACGAUGAAGGAGCUGAUAGAUCUUGAGUGGGAGAGGAAGAAGGGUGCGGGUCGGGAUUUGAAGGAAAUCGCAGGGACAUUUUGUG